AUGAACAGUAUGAUAAUAAACUUCUUGUUGAUUAUGAGGACGAGGAUAUAUCAUAUAAUUAUGUGUUGCAUGCAUCUUGAAAAUAAAUAGUAGAAAUUUAUACGCGUCUUUAUUUUUUAUUGUUAUCUAUGUUAUUAUAAUAUCACGUUCAACACAAUGGAGAUGGGGAAAAUUGCAGAUUCCAAAGAAGUUAUUUACAUACCAUCAGGCAAUAUCAGUGAUAAUCAGCAAGAACUCAUACGUGACGAUGAGCACAAAAGGAGAGAGACAUUGUUCUUACAUUUAUCUGCAUUUACAGCAUGCAUGGUCCUAUUCGCCGGCACCACAGACAUGGUAUGGACCUCCCCGGUCAUCCCCAAGCUGAAAUCCAACGACUCCGACAUCAACCCCCUGGGCCAACCAAUCACCGCCUACCAGAUCUCGCUCAUAGCCGGCCUGCCCGCCCUGACCCUAGUCGUGGGCGGCCUCGCGUUCGCCAAGCUGCCCAACCUCAUAGGCCGGAAGCGGGCGAUCAUGUGCAUGGCAGCCGGGAUGCUGGCGUCCAAUAUAGCGGUCGCGUGCGGAGGUCACGUGUAUGUGUACUACGUGGGCAGGUCGGCGUUCUCCCUGUUCCGGGGAGCUGCAAGCAUAGCCGUCCCGAUUUACCUGAGCGAGAUAUGCGAGGACUGCAACCGGGUGAAGUUCGGGUGUCUGAUGGGGCUGGCUAACCCUGCGGGGAAUCUUUUCGGGUACCUCGUAGGCCCUGUGACUUCAGUGCGGGUUUUCACGUUGCUAUGUGUGGCUCCUUUGGUGCCGAGCCUACUGUUUUUCUCGACCGUAGUACCAGAGUCGCCCGUUUAUUUGGCGAGUGUGAAGGAUCGAGUGGGGUCGAUCAGGGCACUGGGGAAGUUGAGGAUGUAUAAGGAACCCGAGGAGAUCGAGAGGGAUUACAAGAGGAUCGAAGAAGCGUUGGAAGCUAGAGCAGGGGUCAAAACCUCGGGAUUUCUGUCGUUGUUUAAGACAAGAGCUGUGCGUAGAGGACUCUUGAUUGGGGUGGGGCUCAAGUUGGCACAAAAUUUUGCAGGGGUCGUGGUAAUUAUGUCGUUCUUGGGACCUAUGUUUAACGACGCUGGUACUCGCUUGUCUGGAAAUUCUGUGGCUAUACUAGUAGGAAUUGUUAAAAUUAUUACUUUCUUGGUGACUUCGUUUACAGUUGAAAAGGUCAUCAGAUCAUCCAUCGAACAAUCGAACAUCGAAGCAAGAAGCAACGACAGUAGAAUGCCCAUAGAACAUGAAUCAAAUUCAUAUGACGUCAGAUCUCUGAAGUCUGAAUGGGACGACCGGGCUGCGUAUUCCUAA